UUUACAUUUGUAUUUGUAUUGCUUUCGAACUGAGCCUGAGCCUCAGGGAUUGGGAUGGAUGAUAUGAUCAACAUAUUAUAGGGGUAUGGAGUACUUUGGGGGGAAUUAAUGUUGUCGAUCGACUUCUGACUUGUCGUUCCUACGUACUCUCUGCCUAUGGUGCUAUAAAUAGGAACCUCUCUCACUCUCAUUUUGGCUCACCAAAUUCUCUCGUCAUCUCAAUCUAAACGCAGGUUUCCAUUUUCCCUAUCUCCAUCCCAUGGCUAUUUACAAUGACAGGGCCGUUGUUGCUUCUUCACUACUUGUCAUCUCCCUUCUCCUUCUUCAUAUGGUUGAAGCUGAUCAUCAUCAAAUGACGAUGGACACAGAGGGCUAUCCACUAACUCCCCCUUCCAUAGAUUGUGGUGUGGCAUGUGCGGCGAGGUGUAAGCUAUCGUCGAGGCCACGGCUGUGCAAGAGGGCGUGUGGAACUUGUUGCUACAGGUGCAAAUGCGUCCCGCCUGGCACCUCUGGUAACCUGGAGGCCUGCCCCUGCUAUGCCAACAUGACCACUCAUGGCAACAGACGCAAGUGUCCUUGAUUCAUCGAUCAUUCCAUCCAUUUUCUAUCUUACUAUCUCUCUAUAUUUCAAUUUCACUUCUCUUCAAUCAACAACCGAUCAACCAGUCCUACUCGUACGUAGUCGUUCCAGUCUUGUGUAGAAAAUAAGAGAGUAACCAGCAUCCAUCCAUCCAUCUAUAUAUAUCUUCUCCAAAUGAAAUGUUGUUGCUCUGCUUACAACUUUACAAGAACAACUGUUAUAAAUGUAUAGAAAUCAAGUUUCUUUAUUCUUAUUUCUAGCCUUUUCUGUGUUGUACUACAUCACUGUCCAGUAUCCGUGCCGUGUAUAGGUUGGAAUGAAUGGUUUAUUUAUUGAA